AAUGCAAACAAAGGGGACUCAGAAACAGAAAAAGUCAAAGGUCAAAGGCCAGUAUAGGCAAGAUCUUACUCCUGAACAAAAACAGGAGAUCAAAGAGGCUUUCGACCUCUUUGACUCUGAAGGUACCGGAACUAUUGAUGUUAAUGACUUAAAGGUAGCUCUCCGUGCUUUAGGUUUUGAACCAAGCAAAAAAGAAAUUAAAACACUGACAGAUAACCUUCAGAGUGAUAACCAGAUGAAGGAUGAUGAGAAUGAUAAGCAAAAGACUAUUGAUUUCAAUGAUUUCCUUGAAAUCCUUACUACAAAAAUGAGUGAAAAAGACUCUGUAGAACAACUCAAGAAGGCAUUCAUCCUCUUUUCUGGUAACAAACCCUUUAUCACUCUUGAUGACCUCAGGGACGUUGCUAACGAACUUGGUGAAAGUAUGAGUGAUGAUGAGCUGAAGGAAAUGCUUCAUGAAGCCUCUAAAACAGACAGUGAGGAAGUCACAGAAGCUAAGUUCUUAGAAAUUCUCAAUGCUAUGGUAGGUGGAGGAAGCUCUUAAAAUUAAAAUAUUCAAAUUAAUUAAAAUAAUUGGGGUUUU